CGCUUCCGUCACAAUCCUCCGGCCUGAAUCUUGGCCGUCAACAAAACCUAGGGCCUUGAGCUGCCAGGACUGGCGGCGGCCUUACCGCCCGUCUCAGGCCACUCCUGAUCCAGUUACCUACCCUCUAGGCCGGUGCUCCUCCGGUGGUCACACUCACCACCAAACAGAUAGACCUCUCUGGCCUAAGAGCCAGGAUGCGCUCCUCCGCCUCUGAUGCAGAAUUUGAUGCUGUGGUUGGGUGUUUAGAGGACAUUAUUAUGGAUGAUGAGUUCCAGUUACUGCAGAGGAACUUCCUGGACAAGUACUACCAGGAGUUUGAAGACACAGAAGAGAAUAAACUCACCUACACCCCCAUUUUUAAUGAAUAUAUUUCCCUGGUAGAGAAGUACAUUGAAGAGCAGCUGCUGGAACGGAUCCCAGGCUUCAACAUGGCGGCUUUCACAACAACGCUGCAGCACCAUAAGGAUGAAGUGGCUGGUGACAUCUUUGACAUGCUGCUCACAUUCACGGAUUUUCUGGCUUUCAAGGAGAUGUUCCUGUACUACAGAGCAGAAAAGGAAGGCCGAGGACUGGACUUAAGCAGCGGCUUGGUGGUGACUUCUCUGUGCAAGUCCUCUUCUACCCCAGCUUCCCAGAACAACCUGCGGCACUAGGUCCCACCGUCAGACAUGCGUGUGAUCACCAGGAGGUCACCUGCCCAGCCGGCUCAGAGAAACACGGGCUACUGAUGACAGAUGCAUCUUCGUUCAUGUGAAGUUUUGAUGAGUCCUGGAAAACAUGACCGACGCUCCUGGCCCUUGUCCAGAAACACCGUGUAGUCAGUAACCUCCGUCCGUGCUCAUCCCUCCCGCCCCAAGUCAGGCACACACACCCCCAGGUGCUUCAGAGUGACUCCUGGAGCAGGCCCCCUGUGCCACCUCACCUGGGGCCCUCCCCAGCAGUGUGGUAGUGCAGUGUGUCAUCAGGGUGGACAACACACCCUCGUGAACCCUUCCUUCAUCCCGGCAGACUUUACAUGCGUCCUUGUGCACCUGUUCUGACGUGGGUCAGUUUCAGUCCUCAGCCUCACUGGGGUUUUUGUUAGGGAGUGUUUAUCUAGGGAGCUCCUGGGGCCAACUGUCCUGACUUCUGAGUCUCCUGUGACUACAGCGUGCCUGGCUGUAGGAAUCAGUGAGAGAUGUCCUCUCCCCCCGGUGAAAAGGAACUCCCAUCUUACAUCAGCAUCCUUUCCACACAGUCCUGCUGCUCUUGCCGCAGGCCCAUCAUUCCUCUGUCUCUAAGCAUUCUUUUCAAGAAACAUUUUUAUAGAUGAAAACUCAGGCUAACCUAGUGAGUAUGAUCUUGGAACGCCCACGAUCGACCACUUCAAAGAUCAAAGUAUUAUAUGCUGUGUGC